UGAAUGUAGCGGAGAAAAAGUAAAACUGAAGUAUUAAUACUAUCGAUAUUUGGACCGAUCCGCCCGUCCCUAGUAAUAAGCUUUUACAAGAAGUUCAAAGAUUGAAACAUCUAAACUAAGAAAGCCACUGGAACAAUUCAACAUGGAAUCUCAUGGGCAUCAGUGCUCCUGCAGUGCCCAACACUCCACCCCAAGCGUCCACCAAACCCUUGACGAGAUGGAUUUUGAGAGAAGUAUAUGGUCAGCAGCUCUGGAUGGUGAUUUGCAAAGGGUUUGGUCAUUAUUGAGGAAAGGAACAGAUCCGAACCAAAAGGACCAGGCUGGAUAUACCGCUUUGCACUUUGCCAGUCGAGCAGGACACCAGGCGGUGUGUGAGCUGCUUUUGGAUCAGGGUGCCUGUACCAACUUCCAGACCAACGGUGGUACCACUGCUUUACACAGAGCUGCCUACUGUGGUCACAUCGGCAUUAUUAAGCUGCUGCUGAAACAUGAAGGUGAUCCCAGCCUGACAGAUGAUGAUGGAUCAACACCACUGCACAAGGCUGCUGAGCAGGGCCAUCAAGGAGUGUGUGAAAUGUUAUUAAACAAAUGUCCUGUCUUGAGAACUGUGAAGGAUAAAAGAUCACGCUUACCAGUAGAUCUCUGUCCAGAAAACAGCGCUCUCCACGAACUUCUGAAGCUUUCUUAAUGAUGAGCCCAAAGACUCUCUUCAAUAUUCUGGCCAAGGUGAAACAGUUUUGAGACUUUACCAGUGCCUUCAGCUACACCUACAUCCUGAAUUUGUCAUAAAAAUGAAGAUAUAUAACGUGGAAGCUUUAUAAAUACAAGAAAUGACAAAAUUACUAAUUCAACGGGGAACUACGAGCUUUACAUCAUUAAUUACCAUUUAUUUCAAUGUCCGUAUCAACUAUGCUGAAUGUGCCAGCAGGUGGCACUACUGACCAUCCCAUGCUUCUAACACCAUCUCACCAUUCAGCAUGUUGGCUUAUUUACGGUUUACAGUGUGUGUAUACAGUAUAUUCGACUGAAAGUAUGUGGACACCAUUCCAAAACCAUAUUUAUAGCAGGCUGUAUGUUAAAAUCUGUACGAAUUUGUGCCCAUUCAGUAAAAAAAAACACUGAUUUUGGACAAAA